GGAUCAACAUAUUUUGUAAGUCUACAGAUUUAGCCCGGUUUUUGGCUUGUCCCUUCAUGGCAGCUGACCGCACAAACCACACGGACUGCACGGACCCCACGCCUGAACAUGGCCACAACGGCCACAACUUGGAGGUCGACUUUCGUGCGACUCCGUCCACCAGAAGCUUGACCUGGCAAGUGCCCGAGAGUCUUGUUCGCGGAAUUCCAUUUCGGUGCCUCUUGGCGGGAGGUGGACGACCUUUUCGGACGAAAUCCGACUCUGCCAAAACUUUAGCAAAACAAUUGAAACCCUGUGUUACAUAUGAUGCGUUUAUUAGCCAUGACUGGCAAACCUCUGGUUGGCUGAAGUAUGCAUCUCUCUUGUUGCUCUUCAACUCGCAAACUGCCGCCAUUGUGACCCUAGUUGUGAGCGUCGCUGGUGGGUUGCUGAUUUUUUAUGAAUUGUUGCCCAACAGCGACUGGGCAAUUUGCAUCGGCUACCUCACGUUCAUUGUAUUGCUGUUGUUUUGGCAAAACAUCCGGGACGUUUUUCGGAAACCGAAACUUGCCUUUAUGGACAAACUGACAAUUCCGCAGGAAGAUGAGAAAUUGAAGGAACAAUGCAUUCUCGGGCUGGCGGGCUUCUUGCAACGUUCUGAAACGUUGGUUAUUCUGUGGUCAGAAUCAUACAUCGGCCGUGUUUGGUGUGUCUAUGAGUUUGCUGCGUUUACAAGAAUGCAUUCAGGAAAGGGAAAUGUGCAGGCGGUGCCAGUCACAUUCCCUUUGCUUCUUUUGCUGCAUGCCGCAUGGUGGUUGGCAGUCAACUUGGUGAUCUAUGUGGUUUGGAACUCCUUAGAUUUGGCGCUGCCCAUCUUAAUCCUGCUGUGUUGGUGUAGCAUUGGCUUGUUCUUCCUCAUUGGUUUUCCGGUGCAGUCCUGGGCUGGCAGGCGCUUGACGCGGAAUUUGCACAGCCUCACGGCACAACUGUCACACUUUGAUGUCAAUGAAGCCAAGUGUUCAUGCUGCUCAUGUGGCCAUGUGAGUUCCGAGGGGGAGGAAAUCCCAUGUGACCGCGAAUUGAUUUAUCAGAGUCUCCAGGAUUGGUAUGGAAAGGACAGCGACGACUUACAGGCGGGGCUUGAGAGAUUCAAUGCAGUGGUCAGGAAUAAGCUCACAGGUCAGAUCUUGCAGACCUGGGGUGGCAAUGCCGUUCCCGUCAAAAUUUUCACAUACAGCGUCUUCAGCAUGCAUACGCCUUUCUUGAUCACCAGGAUCCCAGCUACCCUAUAGUACGCGCAGAAUGAAUCUACUACGACAGUUGAAUUUUGGAUCGUAGCAGUGAGAGUCCUGGUGUCCAGUUGGGGCUGCAUCCUUGCAGGCAUGCUGAUCUACACUUGGGCGUGUAAAACCAUGUGGGCUCUGGCAGAGAAGCACGACCGCUGUCCUGUUUUGAUGACAGCCACUUCCAUGGUGCUUGUCAUGGCUUCUCUCGCUGCGACAUUACUUCUAUGCAUCCUUCCUGUUUGGGUGACCCCGUCAAACAGUUUGCUUCCACUGCUGCCGUUUCUACUGGUCAUGUCUCUGGGGCUGUAUUUAGUGAAUCGAAGAACCAUCUGCAUGCCUUCCUUCUCUUCCUGCUCUUCCUGCUCCCACAAUGGGAGGCAGCAAAAGGACGGCAAAGACCCCCUUGAAGCAGAAUGGGACACUCAGUCUAUUUGCUCCAGCUUUUCAAUCUGAGUGCAGAGCCAAGAUUCGAAUGUCUAAAUGCUGGCGAAAUGGCAACAUGCUUUUUGGCCUUGUGAAUUUAUUGUGAAUUUGUUGAACGACCCCCUGGCUAUGGCAGUUUCACCAAUGAAUCAGAGUCCUCCUCUUCUCCAAGAGAACGCUUGGGCAGAGCAUGGCAGAGCUAUGAUUCGUCACACGAAAA